AUCAUUUUAAUUCGGUUUAUUUUUUUCAACAAGGUUGAGUCUGAAGCUGAAGCAGAGGUGAAUAUCAUGGCGUCGAUGCUGCCAUACGGCGAUGUAGAUUCCACUUUGAGGGCCUUGGCCGGUCAAGCAGAGGGUUUCGGCCGCAACGCUAUCGGUGGUCUCCAUGGUCCUCUCUAUUUGGUCACCACCCUUGCAGAUGAUGGUCCUGGUUCCCUUCGUGAGGGAUGUCGAAGAAAGGAUCCCCUGUGGAUUGUUUUUCAAGUUUCGGGCACGAUUCAUCUUCAGUCAUACUUGAGUGUGUCAUCUUAUAAGACUGUAGAUGGCAGAGGCCAGAGGAUAAAAUUUACUGGGAAGGGAUUAAGGCUGAAAGAAUGUGAGCACAUAAUUGUAUGCAAUCUUGAGUUUGAGGGUGGUAGGGGUCAUGAUGUGGAUGGCAUUCAAAUCAAACCUAAUUCUAGGCACAUAUGGAUUGAUCGAUGCAGCCUUCGUGAUUAUGAUGAUGGGCUUAUAGACAUUACAAGACAGAGCACAGAUAUCACUAUAUCUAGAUGUCACUUUGCAUCACAUGACAAGACCAUGCUAAUUGGAGCUGAUCCAUCUCACGUUGGCGAUCGAUGCAUCCGGGUGACCAUUCAUCAUUGUUUCUUUGACGGAACCCGGCAAAGACACCCUCGUGUGAGAUUUGGAAAAGUUCAUCUGUACAACAAUUACACCAGAAACUGGGGAAUAUAUGCUGUUUGUGCUAGUGUUGAGUCCCAGAUAUACUCUCAAUGCAACAUAUAUGAAGCUGGAACUAAGAAAAAGACUUUUGAGUUUUAUACUGAAAAGGCGGCAGAUAAGGAAGAGCAGAAGACUGGCUUCUUAAUAUCUGAAGGAGACAUGUUUCUGAAUGGUGCUCAGCCAUGCUUACCUACAGAGUACAAAGAAGAAUCCAUGUUCCAUCCUAGUGAGUAUUACCCAACAUGGACUAUGGAAGCAGCUGAUAAUUCUCUCAGAGAUAUCCUCCAGUUAUGUACAGGUUGGCAGUCCAUUUGUAGGCCAGAAGACCAUACGACCAUCUAAAUAAGGUUCAUUGAAUUGCAGGAGUACACCACCUUGCUUAUGUGACUCCAUUGACAUUACUUCAAGCACAUUUAAGAGGGGUCUGUAGUUCUGGUUAAUCUGAUAGUUCUUUUGAUUUGAGUAUAGUACUAUGGUUUUAGGAACCUGUUCAACCGAACAAUCAUCGAAUCAGUAGAUGUAUGGUCUGUACCACCAUAAAACCGGUUUACCAAUUUUUUCAUUAUUUGUAAUAUUUUUUAGUCCAAUAAAAGUCUAAUACAAGUUACAAAGGUUCAUGCACGAGAUUCUCAUAUGAUUCAUAAUUUAUUUAUUUAUUUUUGAA